GUAAAAACGGAGUUUGUUUCACGAAAAUACAAAAGAAUUGUCCACAGAAUUGUCUUUGCGCAAAAGCUCGCGAAUUAUUACAACAAAAAAAUUGGUUUGUUGUAGAAAAAGAAUUAUCAUCAUUUCGUGAUCACCAGCUGAACUAAAGCUCUGCCUCUUUAAUGUGUCACGAAGCCAUAUAAAGAAACAUGGAUUAUUGCAAUGAUGGUUUGAGGCUUAUAUUUUGCUUGAUAAAGUUUUUCAACUGCUUGUGCUGAAAUGCAUGGACUUUGGAAUCUCAUUGGUAAAGUUGGGCAAAGCUCUACACAAGCUUUUCCAUAUGAAAUUGGAGAUAAAAUUGUUGACCACGAAGGCAGAACAAUAUGGACUUUACAUUCUGGGAAGAAGAAAGGCACUGAAGAAAAUGUCUCUAUCUUUGCUUUUGAUGUGAAGAAUUCAUCUUCUAAUGAGCAUGAAGUUGCUAAAGCUGAGUUCAAGCGUUUGAAGACACUGAGACAUCCCACAGUUUUGCGUUUUAUUGAUGGACUUGAGUCAGAAAGUUUUGUAUACAUUGUUACCGAGGCAGUUAUUCCUUUGGAGAAAUAUCUUAAAGAAAAUACAAAUGAACUGGAAAUUUCAUGGGGAAUUCACCAGAUUGCAACAGCCUUAGACUUUCUCAUCAGCAAUGCUGGUUUGGUUCAUGGCAAUAUUUGUCUGUCUUCUAUAUUUGUUGACAGUGGAGGGGAAUGGAAACUAGGUGGUGUAGCUUACAUCCAUCCCUCAUCACCAUCAAGUGGAGGAGAUGUACAAACUUUUUCUCGAUUUCCAUGGAUGCAGAAGUAUGAUCCUCCAGAGGGUGUUGAUGGUGCCAAACUGAAAAAGAAGACUGAGAAAUGGUCAGCAGAUGUCUGGGGUCUAGGUUGCCUUAUUUGGGAGAUAUUUAAUGGUCCCCUGCCAAAAUCAUCUUCUCUCAAAUCAGUUGGGAAAAUACCUUCAAACUUGCUGAGUCAUUAUGGUGAGCUUGUAAGUGCUAACCCUAAAAGCAGACCGGAUCCUGCAAAGUUCAUUGCACAAUGUCGUGCCAAGGGCCAAUACCUGGCGAAUACUUUUGUUGACUCUAAUUUAUUUUUGGCUGAAAUACAGAUAAAAACACAGGACGAACAAAAGGAGUUCUUUAAGUCAUUAAGUUCUCAACUUGAUGCAUUCCCUCAAAAAUACUGUAAAUUAAAGAUUUUACCAUUAUUGUUGAAUGCAUUUGAAUAUGGUUCAGCUGGUUCUACGGUUUUAACGCCAUUAUUUAAGAUUGGAAAACUAUUGGAUGCUGAAGAUUAUCAACAAAAAAUUGUUCCUUGUGUUGUAAAAUUGUUCUCUUCUACCGACAGAGCUACACGAAUACAAUUACUUCAACAGUUGAAUAAUUUUGUGGAACAUCUUCAAGGGUCUGUAAUAAAUAAUCAAAUAUUUCCCAAUGUUGCAACGGGAUUUAAUGACACAGUUCCAGCUGUAAGGGAACAUACUGUAAAGUCAAUGCUCUUGCUUGUGCCAAAGCUUAAUGAGAAGACUAUCAACAAUCAACUGUUGAAGUUUUUUGCCAAACUUCAACUUGACGAACAGCCAAGUAUUCGAACCAACACGACCGUUUGUCUGGGUAAAAUAGCUUGUCAUCUUCCUGAAACAACCCGGGCGAAAGUCAUUGUUGCAGCCUUUCUUCGUGCAUUGCGAGAUCCGUUUCCUCCAGCACGAAUGGCUGGUAUCAAUGCACUGUGUGUCACGCUUGACUUUAUACCAAUUGAUGAAUGUGCAAAGAAAGUUUUACCAACUCUAUGUACUAUGACUAUUGAUUCCAACAAGUCUGUUCGAGAUCAAUGUUUUAAAGCGAUACGCCUAAUUUUGAGUAAGUUAGAAAAUCAUUCCGAAGAUCUUAAUGCAAAAGAUAAUACUUGUGAAGGCAGUUCAUCGUCAGCAGGCGGAAGUGAUCCUACAUCUGGGAGUUGGACAGGCUGGGCGAUGAGCUCUUUGUCACGGAAGUUUUACAGAGAGAAUGCAUCAGCUGUAACUUCUGAUAAUAAGGAAGAUGGUGUACGAGAGAAGACGAAGAAAAGCCCAGCUAACACCGCGGAGAAUGUAAAUGUUUCAAAAUCACAUGACAUGUAUGAAAAAAAAUCUAACUGUGAUGAUGAAGGGAGUGACAAUGAAUCACAGGAGAAUGAAUGGGAAAUUGAGGAGGAUACUGUAUCUAGUAUAAAGAAAGAUUUUAUUGAAGCUAAAAGUCAACUAACUUCUUUCAUGUCUGGUAAAGGCCGUAAAGAGUCUGAUAUGAUAAAUAAUGGUGGGGAUAGUGACAGUGAUUAUGGAGAGGAAAAUAACUGGAAUAGCUUUUCUUUAUCAUCAAAACAAAAAAAGUCAACAGCGAACUUUGAAAAGAAUUCUGGUCCUCUCAAAUUAACAGUUGGUAAUAAAAAAAGUGCAGUCAGUGAAGAUGACAUUUUGUCUGAACUUAUGUCGGAUACCACAUCGCAAGCAAAGUUUGUGAACCUGAGCUCGUCUAAUGAUGAUAACUGGAAUGAUGUAAAGGAUAGUUUUGUUCAAGAUGAUAACUGGACUCAGAGUUUCUUCGUGAAAAGUGGUGAUAAUGUUAAGACAACAGAUAAAUUCCCGAAGAUGUCGAAAAAAGUUUCAAGUCGUGUUCAUGACAUAAAAGCUGAAAAACCAAAACCAAAAACAUCUGUUGAAGAAGAGAGUAGAAAUUCAGUGGAUUUUGAUGGUUGGGAUGCAGAGGACUGGGCUCCACUAAAUGACCUUCCACUCGCCGCCGAUAAAGAGGAGAAUUGGGAAACUGAAGGAUGGGAAAGUUUUGCGAGUUUUGACGAGAAUAAAGCGUCAGAUUUAGCGAAGAAAAAACGAGAAGAACGUCGAAAACAACGAGAGAAAGUUUUGAAAGAGAAGAGAGCGGCGAGAGGCACAUUAAAAUUGGGAGCUACUAAGAAAGAUUAAUUCUAAAUAAGUUAUAGAAAUUUUUUGAAUUUAUAAUCAUCAUCGAUUGCCUAGAGUUAAUAAAUAAUUUCAGUGAGAA